AUGAAGCUCUCUUGGAUUCUAUUGAUCGCAAGUCUCAUUGUACUCGGCGCGACUGAGUAUCUACAGAAUCUCACUAAUGACAACGCCGUCAUUGACGGUGACGUCAAGGCUCUUGGGCACCAGAAGCUUGCCUUUAGAGGCGGUACAGACUCCGACCCCGACGACGAUUCUGAUGAUUCUGACGACUCCGACUCCGAUGACGAAGACGAGGAUGAUGAUAAUGAUGAUGGCUACACAAACCCUGCUACCGACAAAGUCUGGUUUGAAUCACAAUGUCGAGGAGCAAAGCUUAUGUUUGCGUCUACUCAAAAUCCGCCGGAAGCUAUUCGAUUCGUGAGUCCUUUGACGUCUCCCUGGGAUGGUGAUAUGAAGCACGAGCUUGCGACAUGGGGUUACAAAGAAGAUGUUUCUGACCCUGAUGGCGAAUGUGAAAUCGGUGCACUCCAGCCAAUGCUCGAUGAGCUAAAACUUUCCAAAGUCAAUAAUCUUCACGGCGGACCAAACCAUUGUUUCUCUGUAUUUCACGCCGAAAGCGAUAUCGUGGAAAAAGAUCCACAAGGGAGAAUGCCACCUCGAAAGAAGCAGUACUAUACUGCCAAUGGUCGUAGAUACAGGGUCACAACGGCCUAUGCUACCAUCAUCAUCAACCCGCAAGCUGGUCUAAUCUACUUCCUUCGGCGCGGCUCUGCCGUCAAAGAGGCCCGUGAUCUAUGGCGUAUACGCAAAGGAGACCCAGUUCCGUCCGAUGAGUUGCCAGCUUUACGUGCGAGUUCAGACCUAGCAUGGGGGUUCUGGAAUCGAGUAAGGCGCGAUAAGCUGGCAGAAAUUCAUGGCUUUGUGUCCAUGCUCAUAACCAACGGCGAGACGCGGAGAAUCAUCGAUAGGAUACUGAGGGAGCAAGAAUUAGACAGGGUACCCCUCUGGCCGGGAAUCGACGUCAAUAUGAACACCCCGCAGUAUAUGGCUCUUCUGGGAAGUCCAAACGGUAGAGCAGUAGGUUACUUUCUUGCUCAACAUAAAGCACAGAUAGGUGGCAAUCGUUGCGUCAAGACCAUCCGCAUUUUCCGUGGAGACGCGAUGACAGAAAUGCCUAAUUUACUCUUCGCCGUUGAAUGGGCGCCAUCUCCACCAGCAAAUGCACCAACGGAUCCAGUGGAGGAAUGGUUACCCUAUCCAGAUGAUGGUAUGGGGGUUCUCACAGAUAUUCAAGUAGGUAAUGUAGUCAAGAGGAGUGACGAUGGAAGGAACAUGUUGAGGAGUCACAAAGUUUGGGUCAAACUGUAA